GCACUAAGCCCCUCCUACUUCCGGUGAGAAACCGCUAUCUGUCAGAAAAAACAUCCCGAGUUAAAAUCCGCUGCUCGGACUCACAUUUACCGACACCGCGUCUGUAAUCCUCCUCUCCGGACAAACUGAGAAAACAUGCCCGGACAAAGGUAACCGUCCCCCCCCCGGGCUGCUGCCGCCGCCUCCUCCGCCGGCUGAAGGACGCAGCGGAGCGGACAGAUGGAGAGGCCGAGCAGGCUGCUGCUGCUGUCCGAGCUCCGCGUCAGAAACGCCGCGUACGAAGUGAGCCUGAGCCGGUCCCUGCUCACCUGGAAGAGACGGGUCUCCAGCCCGGUGUACCACCCGUUCAGACCCAGUGUGUGUCAGAGUGUGUUGGUGUCAGAGAUCAUCUCCGUCAAGGAGGAAGAGGAGGAGAACAGCAGCAAACAAAAAGACGAUGGCAGCUGGAGGAAGAUCAAAGAGAGAGAAGGAAAGGACUGCAGGCGGGCCUUCACAGUGUUGUAUGUGCAGAGGUCUCGGCAGUACCGCUGGCGGUGUGCUGAGGUCACCUUCACAUGUCCAGAGGAGGCGUUGUGUCAUCACUGGGUCAGCAGCAUCAGAGAGCAGCUCACCACGAUCGCCAGCAGACCCAAACACCUGCUGGUCUACAUCAACCCGUACGGCGGUAAGCGACGAGGCAAACACAUCUACGAGCAGAAGGUCGCCCCGCUGUUUGCCCAGGCCGGCGUCUCCACACACGUCAUCGUGACAGAGUACGCCAAUCAUGCGAGGGAUCACCUGAGGGCGGAAGUAGAGCUGAAGAAGUUUGAUGGUGUGGUGUGUGUCGGAGGGGACGGCAUGUUCAGUGAGAUCAUUCACGGGCUGAUCUGGAGGACACAGAUGGACGGCGGCAUCGAUCCAAACUGUCUGGAUGAAACACUACUGCCCUGCUCGCUCCGCAUCGGGAUUAUUCCUGCAGGUUCAACAGACUGUAUUUGCUUCGCCACUGUGGGCACCAAUGACCCCGUGACCUCUGCACUGCACAUCAUAGUGGGAGACUCUCAGCCGAUGGACGUGUGCUCGGUUCACCACAACAACACAUUACUGCGAUACUCCGUCUCCCUGCUAGGAUACGGUUUCUACGGCGACGUGCUGACAGACAGUGAGAGGAAGAGAUGGAUGGGACCGGCCAGAUACGACCUUUCAGGUCUGAAGAUGUUCCUGACUCAUCAUUACUAUGAAGGAACAGUGUCCUACCUGCCAGCCAGAGACAUCAUGGGAACGCCACGGGACGCCGCCAGGUGUCGAUCCGGCUGCGUGGUCUGUCAGCACAGCGGGCAGCUACUGUCAGAGCGAGCUGAGAGGUACGAGACGGAUGAAGUGUCAGAGAGCGAGAGUGACGGAGAGUGGAGGACGGUCCGAGGGAAGUUCCUGGCUAUAAACGCUGCCAGUAUGAGCUGUGCUUGUCCUCGCAGCCCCAAAGGCCUCUCACCUGCCGCUCACCUGGCCGACGGCACCACUGACCUCAUCCUGGUUCGAAAAUGUUCCCGGUUUGAUUUCCUCAGACACCUCCUCCGACACACCAGCAAAGAUGACCAGUUCGACCUGACGUUUGUCGAGGUCCACCGCGUGCGGCGUUUCCGCUUCACACCGCGCCACUGCCAGAGCGACUCGGACCUGGAGCUGGACCUGCACGAGAACGGCAAACGCCAGAUCUUCAGCCAGAUCUGCCGAGACCACCCGGCCUGCAGCUGCACUCCCGCCUACAGCAGCUGGAACUGCGACGGCGAGAUCCUGACCCACACGGCCAUCGACGUCAGAGCGCACUGCCAGUUGAUCAAGCUGUUUGCACGAGGGAUUGAAGAACCAACAGUGUUUGAGGAUCUCACCAACCCCUGUGCAAUAUAGACCCCCAUAAUUCCCUGUCAGACACUGGAGUCACGUCUCAUGUCUGUUUGCAGCCGCCAUCACGUGACGCUCAUUACAUCUUUCACCAGACUUGACAGCAUCUGCCAAGUCGGCAACGAGUUGCUCUCAUCUACUCAACAAUCUUCAGCAGUACUUUCUGGGUCUGAAGGUCCACAAUGAUUUCCUCACAGACAGGAAGUGAUUUGUUGUUUCCUUUAAGGCUGCUACCAAUGAUUGUUUUCAUUAUCAAUGAAUCUGUCGAAUGUUUUCUGGAUUAAUCAAUGAGUUGUUUGGUCCAUAAAAUGUCAGAAAACUGAGAAAAAUGUGGAUCACUGUUACAAAGUCAAAGAUGACGUCAUCAAAUGUCUUUAUUUUGUUCAAAACCCAAAAAUAUUCAGUUUACUGUCAUAGAGAAAUACACAUUUAAGAAGCUGCAAUCAGAGAAUUUGGACAUUUUUAUAUUAAAAAAUGUUUCAAAACGAUAAACCAAUGAUUGAAAUAGUUAGUGAUUCAUCUAAUAGUUGACAACUGAUCAAUUAGUUGACCAAUCAUUGCAGCUCUACUAGAUUCAUUUGUAUUUGUUAUUUUUCCACAUUCUUCAUUAGUGCUCCAGUCUGGUAAACGUCUCAAGACGUUUUCUGUCUGUUAUCUCAGACUUUUGUUUUGUCUUGGAGCAGAUGAGAAAUAAUUACAGAAAUAUAUUUGCACUUUCUAAAUGGUUUUAAUUAUUUUUGCUAAUCAAAAAUGCAUCCUUUAGGAAUGAUCUGUUACAUGUUUUAAAGAUGCCAGACAUUGUCGGGGUCAUGUGAUCAUAAGAGAUCAGCGGUUCAUUCAUUUUCAUGAAAAGUAGGACGUAAAUCUGCGGCAUGUGGUCAGUACUUGUAGGGAAAACGAUGCUGACAGGAGACGUAUUUUCUACUGUUGAUGAACUCGCCGCCUUUGUUCUGCAGCUACGUGAAGGUUCUGCUUCUCAAACUGGUCCAUCACGAUCGUCUCCCGUCCUCCCAUCUUUCUGUGUUGUUUCUCAGGAAGACCUGAGCUUAAUCGUAGCUUUGAAAUUGUAUUUUAACAUAUUUUAAUUCCCAGCAAUUUAAAAAAAAAAAAAAAAAAAGGACAAUGAAAAAUCUUUUAAUUUUAGUAAAGGACAGUUUGUGUCAGUCAAGCUGGUCGUGGCUGCGUAAGCUGAACAGCAAACACACGAUGAAUGUUUUUAAUCUUCCAUUUCUGCUCGAUAUGCAAAUCAUCUGAAGAUCUACUGCUUUAACAUUAAUGUUUCACACAGACUGUGAUGACAUCCAGUCUUUAAAAUGAGUUGUAGCUGUAACUUACUCUGAGUGUGACGUUUAGUUUCAUUUUGUUUUGUAAAAGCCUCAAAAUAAUCAUCUGAACCUUCAACCAAUCAAAGACCAUUCAGACAACAUGAAUACAUUUAUG